GGAUCUGUUGGUAAUGCUGGAGCGUGUGCGGCAUAAACAGCUGCGAGUCACGGACUGCAGUUAUUCUUUUUCAGAUCCACGGUCCCUUCAGAAAUCCCACCCAAGUGCCGUAGCAGAAAUGGGGCACGGCGGCACAUUUUUUGUAUCAAACGUGUGCGGGCGCUCUGCAAAAUGCAGGCGUUGCAGCCUCCCUGUUUCUGCGGGGGUUGGGAGAGUAACAAUUGAACCGAAGGAACGGCGCCAGUCGUCUGUUUAGAGUGCUAAAAGCCCUGCGAGGUGGCUGCAGGGUGAGGGACUGACAUGCAUUUCUUACCAGGCAGGUAGCAAUCGGAAUCGGCAGUUUGGAGCCUUUUGUUCUGUUUCCAUCGGUGAUCUUAACUCUUUGCCGUCUGAGUUGCACGCUCAGCUUUCCAGAACCCAGUUAGGUUUAGAUUAAGCUUUGUGCUUCUUCGUUUCUUGAAAAGACUGCCAAUAGUCGUUAAAGCCCAACAGGAAUUAGUAUAUCCGUAUGGGGUGUCAUUAUUCACUUACUGAUGCUCCUUUUCCUUGACAGGCAGCCCCAGUGCCACUAUUUGUUCUUCCUUCAGGCCUUACCAUCCCUCUGGGUGUUGAAGGACCCGGAGUGCUUUCCUUUCCUUGCUGGCACUGUCUGUGGAGGCACUAAAACACCCUUCUUUCCUUCACUGUUACCUCGUUUCAGGCUCCUGUGAAACUUCUGCCUUUCACCUGUGAUCAUCCCUGACACAUUAUCUGCAGGAGAGCAACAAAUGGCCGCAGCGCAUCCAUCUCAGCCUCCAAACCGGUGGUGAUCUCCCUGCUUGAGGAAGGGAAAGACCCCUGGCUCUCGGGUGUGCAUGGCCUGGAGGACAUGGCAGGAGUCCUCAGCCCAGCAGGGGAUAGGAUGACAGCUAUAGAGGAGGUCCUGCAGAAGUGUGAUGUGGCCAAAUGGCAGUGGGGCAGUGCCUUGGUGGGAAAAGCCAGAAGGGAUGUGCAAGGGGGCCUGGAGCAGGGAGAGCACCUGAAGAAGCAACAGGGAAACCCUCAGGGAGAGAUUGUGAGGAACCUCCUGGACUGCAGCACAGGUCAAAAGCAGCCUGAAGAUGCAAGGAGCAAGGAAGUGUGCCAGGAGAAAAGGCAGAACCCAAGUGCUGAGUGUGGGAACAGCCUGAAAAGGAACUCUGGCCUUGUUAACCGCCAGAGCAUCCACAUAGGAGACAUUCGGUUUAAAUGCCUUGGGUGUGAAAAGAGGAACAUAAAAGGUUGCAACUUGCUUAUCCACCAGCAGGACCACGCAGAAGAGAGACCCUUCAAGUGUCCUGAAUGUGGGAAGAGCUUCAGAAGCAGUUCGAACCUCAUCCGCCACCAGCGCAUCCACACAGGAGAGAGACCCUUUAAGUGCCCUGAAUGUGGGAAGAGCUUCAGAAGCAGCUCUGACCUCAUUGUCCACCAUCGCAUCCACACAGGGGAGAGGCCUUUUAAGUGUCCGGAGUGCCCGAAGAGCUUUAAAAGCAGUGCUCACCUCACCUCCCACCAGCGCAUCCACACAGGAGAGAGACCCUUUAAGUGCCAAGAAUGUGAGAAGACCUUCAAAUGCAGUUCCCACCUCAUCCACCACCAGUACAUCCACACGGGAGAGAGACCCUUUAAGUGCCCUGAGUGUGGGAAGAGCUUCAGUAGCAGUUCAAAUCUCACUGACCACCGGCGCAUCCACACGGGGGAGAGACGUUUUAAGUGCCCUGAGUGUGGGAAGAGCUUCAGCAGCAGUUCCAACGUCAUUAUCCACCAGCGCGUCCACACCGGAGAGAGACCCUUCAAGUGCUCUGAGUGCGGGAAGAGCUUUAAGAGCAGUUCCACCCUCAUCAACCACCAGCGCAUCCACACGGAGGAGAGACCCUUCCAGUGCCCUGAGUGUGGGAAGAGCUUCAAAAGCAGUUCUGACCUCCUUGUCCACCUGCGCGUCCACACGGGAUACAAACCUUACAAGUGCUCAGAGUGUGGGAAGAGCUUCAAAAGAAGCUCUGAAUUGAAGUGCCACCGCCGUAUCCACACAGGGGAGAGACCCUUUGAGUGCUCCGAGUGCGGGAAGAGCUUCAGCAGCACUUCCAGCCUCAGUUACCACCAGCACAUCCACACAGGAGAGAGACCUUACCAGUGCUCCGAGUGCGAGAAGAGCUUCAAAACCUCUUCGUACCUCACUGUCCACCAACGAAUCCACACAGGAGAGAGACCCUACCAGUGCUGUGAGUGUGGGAAGAGCUUCAGCAGCAGCUCUAAACUCAACUCCCACAAGCGCAUCCACAGAGGAGACAGUCCAUGAAAGUGCCCUGAGUUUGUGCAGAGCUUUAAUUUCAGUUCCUGGCUCCUUACCUGCACAUCCUCACAAGAGACAGAGCCGGUGAGUCCCCAAACUCCUUCAUCUGACAGGUAAUGUGCUGCAGCCAGCAGGGAGAGCUCACUGUAAUGAAGAUGUGCUCCAGUGUGUGCGAACGGGGAGAUCCACUGUGAGCUCAGCAGGGAAUGGUGUGUGUGGCCGAGAGCAGGGGAAUACAAACCCCAUCCAUGUUUGGGUACCCGACCUCGGUCUCAGGACAGAUCCAACCCCUCCUGUUCCCUUCCUCAUUCUGGGUAUCGCUUAUGAAAAUCGACUUCUGCUUUUCCUGUCGUCUCCUGCUCACCACUCCAUCACCUGUUGGAGAGCUGCUGUCUGGUGACAUUUUACUGCUGUCAGCAAGUCAAGUCACAACAGCUGCAACACAGAUUUGAAGUUUCCUCAUUGACACCCAGCUUCAGAAGCCCCUGAAUUGGGAAGCCCUUUUCCCUGAAUGGGGCGCAGGAGGGAGCACUGUAAAGAAGCAGCAUCCCAGCUGGGGUAAGAGAUACCUCUGUGAGCACAGCAGGCAGUGCCACGUGUGUCCCGCUCAAGGGUCAUGAUUGCCACUGCAGUGCUUGGAGGAGGUGCUCACAUUUUCACUUGGGUGCAUUUGGAUCAGUCAGCCCCUGAUUUCUCCCUGAUCAGCACGAGAGUUUUGCCAUGCUUUGGAUGGACUGUAGCUCCCUUCUUGACCUUAGAUCCAUUCUUGGUGUUUUGGGCCCGUGUAAAUGCUCUUCCCCCUUCCUUCCUGCCAUGGGAAUUAUGCAUACUGCUCUCUUUCAGCUGGGGAGAGGGUGGAUAUGCAAAGGAGCUUGGAGUUGGCACUGAUAUGGUUGAGAGCCUCUGGGUACUGGUUAAGGGAUGAGACAAUUGAGUGGGAAUCUAACAUAAGACAGUGAUCCCAAUUAAUGAUUCUGUACGGAAUUAAAGUGGUAUCUCUAGAACAGCAUCUCUUGCCCCAGGCACUGGAGUCCAUCAGUGCUGGUCGCCAUUUAAGAGCCAUCUCCUAAGAGCACUUGUGCAGGUAGAAGCAGACUGCUGGUAGUCAGGAAGCGGGACUGAAAUCCAGCUUAUCUGAGCAGAGUUUAGGUGGAAAGGAAAGUGAAUGGACACUGGCAGCCAGGUCAGGCAGCAUGGGGGAACAACAGAAAUGCUGUCUGCUAUUCUGAGGGGAAUGUUUAUGCUGUCCAAGCUCAGUUAAAGCUGAAGCUGGCCACUAAUGUGGGGGACAAUGGAAAGGUUCAAGUAACCAGCAAAAGGAGGAUCGUGGAUGACAUCUCUUCGUUACUUGAUGAGGUUGAUCACCUCGUAAGUCGGGACAUAGAACAAGCAGUCACAGAAUGCAUGUUUUUUCACCUCUGCAUUGAACACUGUAGAUGGGUCGUGGGACUCCUGGAGCCCUGAGUUGAGGAGCAUGACUGCACUGAUGAUAAGCUUCCAGUGGACUGUGAACGUGGGUGGGAUUUGCUGCUCCAGUUGCAUGCAUGUAAAUCUAUGGCCCAUGCAGUUUAUCCAUGGAUCCUGGGAAUUGCAAGAUGUCCCCGUUGUCUGGAAGCUGGGAAACAUCUCAGUUUCUAGGAAGGACAAGAAGGAAGACCUUGCCAAUUCCAGUCCUGCCUGUCUCUCUUUGGUGCCUGGCAAAAUUACAGAGGAGGUCAUUGUGAGAGUUAAUGAAAAACACUUCAAAGACAACACAGUCAUUGUUGUCAGUACAGGUUAGGCCUGACUUUCUGGAGAGGAGCUUUGAGGAGCAGGACCUGGAUGACCUGCUGGUCAGCAGGUUGACUAUGAGCCCGCAGCGUGCCCUUGUGGCCAAGAAGGCCAGUGGUAUCCUAGGGUGCAUCAAAUGAGUGUGGCCAUCAGGUUGAGGAAGGUGAUCCUCCCCCUCUGCUCUGCCCUGGUGAGGCCACAUCUGGAACACAGUGAUCAGUUCUGGGCUCCUCAGUGCAAGACAGACAAGGAAUUGCCAGAGGGAGUUUAGCAGAGGGCUGCGAAGAUGAUGGAGGCUGGGAGCAGCUCCCUUAUGAGUAAGAAGAGCAACAGGCCUGGGGGAAUCAGAUAUUAGGUGGUGUGGUAAGCAUGGGGUGCCCUAAAAUACAGUGAGAUGAGGUCAGCAUGGCCAUAGCCCCCAGCAGAGCCUCCACUGCCCCACUGCUCACCUUCUGUACUGCACAGCAAGUAGAAGAGCCACAGUGCCAGGCAGACGAGCCCCUCAUCAAGACCUCCAUGCCCAUCAGCAGCUUGGAGAUUCAGCUGGGAUUGAACUGCUUUCUUCCCAGUGUCUGGCAUGAUGUUGUGUUUUUGUUCCAGGAGAAAAGCAAUGUUGCUAACACGCUGAUGUUUAUAGCUGCUGCUCAGCAGUGCUGUACAGAGCCAAGGCCGUUCACAGCGAAGGGCCCAGGCAGUUGGGAGGGAGGAGAAAACUGGCCAAAGGAAUAUUCCAUGGCGUAUGACAUCAAGCAGAAGGAGUUUUGAAGGGGGUGGGUGUUCGCUUUGCUCAAUCCUGCUAUUUGAGGGGCUAGCUGGGCAUUGUUGUGGAAGCGGUGAGCAAUUGCUUGUGCAUCACUUGUUACAUACAUUGCUAUAGAGACGUAUUUGUCAUAAUGAUUAUCCUUUUCCUUUCCUCUGUGUUAGUAAAUAACUGUUUUGUUUGUUAUUCUCUGCCCCAUGGCACUGGGAAGGGGGGGUGAGCGAACAUCUGUGCGGCUGUGUGAGCCGCCUCAGGUUAAGCCACAACAGGAGGGGUCCCUUGGGAGUCAGAACUGAAGGGUAAAGGGGUCCAGGAAGGCUGAUGAAAGGAAAUAGGUCCUGCUGGCGACCGGUCAGCACUGGUGUUCCUCACGGGUGAGCACUGGGUCCUGCCCUGUUUAAUAUCUCUAUUGACAAUCUGGAUGAGGGCAUUGGUGCAUCAUCAGUAAGUUUACAGAUGGCACCAAGCUAGGGGCAAGUGUCCAUCUUCCUAAGGGUAGAAAGGCCCUACAGAGGGACCUGGACAGACUGAUGGCUGGAGCCGUAGGGCUGAAGUUCACAAAGACCAAGUGCCAGGUCCUGCACACUGGACACAGCAACCCCAGGCAUGGUUACAGGCUUGGGGCAGAGUGGCUGAAAAGCUGAGCAGAGGAAACAGACCUGGGGGUUUGUCAACAAUUGACCCAGGCCCGGGGAAAAACGAAAGGGAAAAAUGGAAAAGGGGAGGGAGAUGGGCCUAGAAACAAAACAGCAGCAACAACCUGAGGAGAAACAAACUAGUUUACUAGAAAAGGUAUCAGAAUGCAAGCUAACACACUAUAAUACAAUAAAUUAGAAUUGAAGCUAAUAAGUCAAGUAAAAAGAUAGUGUCCAAAAACUGAAGGCCUUGCUCUCAUGCUGAGGCAGAUGAGACGUCUAGCCAGGCCAAGCAGAAGAGGAAAAACGGAACGUCUCACAAUAUGCAAACAGUUUUAUCUUUACUUCUGAGCAGAAAAUGGAAACAGAACAGCACAAAGUCCUGUGGGGUAUGUAGAGUGUAGUUCUUCUCUUCUGAGAAGUGGGUACACAGAUGUAUGCACAAUCCAUGGAGCUGGAGCAUUAAGUGUUGUACUUCCAGUGUAGUACAUCAUAUGUAUCGUAUUGUGAUACGAGUGGAAUGCCGAUAACCAAAACCAUGACAGGGUGUUGGUCUGUAGUCAGCUGAACGUGAGCCAGCAGUGUGCACAGGAGGCCAAAAGGCCACUGGCAUCCUGCCUUGUAUCAGCAGUAGUGCAGCCAGCAGGAGCAGGAGGCGAUCGUCCCUCUGCACUCAGCGCUGCUGAGGUCGCAGCUGAAAUGUUCAGUGUUGGGCCACACACAGCAAGACGCCGAGGGCCUGGGAUGUGUCCAGAGAAGGGCAAUGGAGCUGUGAAGGCUGGAGCAUGGAUCUUAUGGAGAGCAGCUGAAGGAACUGGAGGUGUUCAGUCCAGAGAAGAGAAGGACUGGGAGACCUCAUCGCUCUCUGCAACUCCCUGAAAGGGGUUUGUGGUGAGGCGGAAUUCGGCCUCUUCUCCUGGGUAACAAUUGAUAGGAAGAGAGGGAAUGGAGUCAAGUUGUGCCAGGGGAGGUUCGGGUUGGGUAUCAGGAAGAAUUUCCUCUCAGAAGAGUGAUUGUUGGCACAGGUUGCCCAGGGAAUUGGUGGAGUCGCCGUCUCUGGAGUUGCUUAAGCAAAGGACAUUUAGGGGCAUGUUUUGGUGGGUGCUGUUGGUGGUAGGUGGCUGAUUGCAGUAGAUGACCUUAGAGGUCUUUUCCAACCGUAAUGAUUCAAUGAUUCUCUGAAGUCCAGUCCCUGCCUUGCUGGCCUGUCCUUCCAAACAGUGUCAUAACCAUCCACGUCGGCCUUCAGUCAUCAGAGCUGUUCCCACUGUGUCUCUGCGGUAGCCGUAAGAUCAUGGUUCUGCAGCCUCGCACAGCUCUCAGAUUAUUCCCAUUUAUUCCCCAUGCUGCCUGUGCUGAUGUACAGACACUUCAGAGAAGAAAAGGCAGUGGAGAUGCAGGCAUCUCUAGAGGAGAUCCCUGCUUGUUCCAAGCUGCAGAGCGAGGCCUGAAGUGGAGCUCGAUUUCUGUGGGUCACCAGGGACCAGGCUGAGUGUUGUCUGCAGUUGCAGUAGUAUUGUUAAACCACCCAUCUUUCUCUGUCCAAUACCACAAAGCUUUUUAUCUGCUUUGUGCAGCUCAGCUCCCUGCCCUAAGAGAUGAUCCUCCUUGUGCAGGGACUUGCCUUAUCACCAGGAGGAGGUUCGAGGCAGUGGGUGAAAUGGACAGACUGAACCAAAGUCUCCUUUCUUACCAGUUCUGUCUGGGUGAAUGCAGACAUGUCUGGGCAUUCCCCUGUAUGGGCCCUGGAUCCAGCCCUCAUGUGAGUGCUCACCACCGUAGUGUCACAGAUGAAGAACCCCAUCACUUCUGCCUCUGCCCAAACUACUGAGCUCACUACGAAAGGAAGGCAGGGGGACUCAGGAGCCUCGCUGUAGUUACUCUAUGACCAUCACAUACUGUCCUCAUCAUCUCCCAGUCAAAACCAUCGCCCUCAUAUUAUCUCCGUGGUUCCCAAGGUUCACCUCACGGUAGCUCAGUGCUCACCUUGGGAUCCCUUGUUGCACUUCAAAGCCCCAGCUGCUCCUGCUCACCUCCAAGAGCACUGAGACUCCGGUGUGCACCAUGGGCCUGACCAUGGCCACAUCCCACUGCUGAGCUCCAUGGGUGUCCCUACAGAUCCUUGGGCCACCAAAGAGUGUCUGAGUUGGAACGAGGACACUGCGACAGGAAUACUGGGUGAUCAUGGGGUGUCACAGCCAAAACACAACACAGCCAUGAGGUGACUGUGGAUAAGAAUGUGGUGACAA